UUUUUUUUUUCUCUCUUUUCUCUUUUUCCAGUCCUAUUUGUAUAUAACAACUCCAGAAGUCGGGGCCUUUGCGGGCCGAUUUUUUUCGCCACCAGACAGCAACAAAAGUUGGUUAUAUUGUUAAUCUUUCGUCUACGGUCAAUUAAUAUAGGCACAAUCACUGAUGCAACAAUUUUAUCCUUUCUGUCGCAUUUUUGGAUAGUGGAUGAGCUUCAAGCAAAGUAUCGAGGAUUGGUUGGGCCACCAAAUUCCACCAGAACCUAUAUUUUUCAUCAACAAUCUAAGAAUCUCGCCACUCACAAUAUAAAGGAUAUGAACCAGGGCUCCAGUCAAGUACCCAGGUUUCGUCCUAUCGCUCCAAGGUCGAAAUCGGAAUCGUCCGCAGAGUUCAAUCCUGCCGCCCGAACCAGCGAGCAAAGCCACAAAGUUAGAAGGGCCCCGAUCGCUUGCAUGCCCUGCAGGAAGCAUCGAACAAAGUGUAGCACAGAACAACCAUGCGCUGAGUGCAUCGCCCACAACCGCGAGUGCGUCUAUGACCACGCUGCAGACAAGCGUCGCAAAGAGCAUAUUGAACGAAAAGAACAGGUAUUUCAGACGCAGUUGGAUGAAUGCCAGGAUUUUAUCAAGAAACUUUUGACCUGUAUUCGACAUGUCAAUGACGAUCGACUUAACUAUCUUAUUGAAGUCAUUCGCAGCACCGAUGACCGUGAGGUGAUCGAAACCGUUGUGGACAGCCUCAGCAUGGGUAGCCCAGAUCUCGGAAAAGGAGAAGGAGCCGAAGGCUAUCGGUUUGGUGACGAUAUGGGCUUUUAUUGAAACUCAAAUCAGUUGGUUAUGCCUGCCGAUCCAUUAUUUUUGAAGCCUUGUACACCAUUCUGCAAUUCGGGAUUUAAUGAAAUAUCGAUUACUUCUGUGGCGUAUAAAGAUUGUUUGAUUCUGCCAAUCCGUGGACAUUUUUUUUCCCUUGCACCAUCAAUUUGGCCAAUAAUUUAGUGUGAUACCGAUCUAUACCAUUUAUUUUACCCUUAGCCCAAGUUUUAUCCGCCUGGGCAAGAGUCACAGCUAAACACAAAUAAUACUUAGUAUUUUCUGCAAAAAGAAACAGGCCGAGGAUAUAUCGAAACAAGUUCUAGUCGAGCUCUGCAGAAUCUUGG